GAGGUCACAUGACCGGGGCCCUUUACAGUAGGAGCCCAAUAUGGCAGCCGCGGCGGCGGGCGCAGGGGCCGCCGCGCUCGGGGCCGCCCGCACGUAGGGCCGCUGCCGCUCCUCUUCCUCCCCGCCUGGGAGGAGUCCCCAGGGUGUCUCGGAGUCAGCUGCUCCCCGCCGCGUCCGACAUGAGGGAGAAGGGUCGCAGGAAGAAGGGCAGGACCUGGGCAGAGGCCGCCCGGACGGUCCUGGAGAAAUAUCCUAAUACCCCUAUGAGCCAUAAAGAGAUCCUUCAAGUUAUCCAGAAAGAAGGACUUAAAGAAAUCAGUGGGACUUCUCCUCUUGCAUGCCUGAAUGCUAUGUUACAUACAAACUCCCGAGGGGAAGAGGGCAUUUUCUAUAAGGUCCCGGGGCGCAUGGGAGUGUACACGCUGAAGAAGGAUGUUCCAGACGGGUUGAAGGAGCUCUCCGACGGCUCAGAGGAGAGCAGCGAUGCCCAGUCCGACUCUCAGAGCUCCGAGAACAGCAGCAGCAGCAGCAGCAGCAGCGACAGGUGCAGUAACAAAGAUGGGAAGAAAAGCAGAUGGAAAAGGAAAGUGUCAUCUAGACUGUCACAGACGUCCUCCCCUCAGUCAGGCUGCCCAUCACCUUCCAUCCAGACAGGCAAAGUCAUCUCCUCAUCCCAGAAGCACAGCAAGAAGGCGCUCAAACAGGCCUUGAAACAGCAGCAGCAAAAGCAACAGCAGCAGCAAUGCAGAGCAGGCAUGCCCGUGUCGUCGAACCAGCACGUCCUUCUGAAGGCCGUCAAGGCAGCCAGUGACUCCGCACCUGCAAAGUCUGCUUGGGAAGGAAAGCAGUCAGAUGGACAGUCGAGCAGCCCUCAGAACUCCACCUCCAGUUCCUCUCCCUCUGUUAAGCUUGAUAACUCCUUGCCAGGCUUGGGGAAGAAACCGUUCCAGAGAUCUGACAGGCUCCAUGCAAGGCAGCUGAAGAGAACAAAGUGCGCCGAAAUCGAUGUGGAAACUCCCGACUCCAUCCUCGUGAACACGAACCUGCGGGCGCUGAUCAACAAGCACACGUUCUCUGUUCUGCCGACAGAAUGCCAGCAGCGCCUGCUGCUGCUGCUGCCGGAGGUGGACAGGCAGGUUGGGGCAGAUGGCUUGAUGAAGCUCAGUGGCUCUGCGCUCAACAACGAGUUCUUCACUUCGGCUGCCCAAGGCUGGAAGGAGAGGUUGUCAGAAGGUGAGUUUACCCCAGAAAUGCAGCUGAGAAUACGUCAAGAAAUAGAAAAGGAAAAGAAGGUCGAGCUGUGGAAGGAACAUUUUUUUGAGAGCUACUAUGGCCAGAGCUCUGGACUAAGUCCUGAAGAGUCCAAGAGACUGACAGCGAACACCAGCCCUGCCGAGACGGAGACUGAAAAUCCAGCAGCCGAACAGCCAAAAUGCACGCCGGUGGCUCUGGCACCACUCAAAGAGGAGAUUACUCCUCCGUUAGAGCCUAAAGCACAAGCAGUCCAGGAAGCACCAGCGAUGAAAAAAGGGGGAGAAGAGAGAAGAGAGGAUGUGCAGCCGAGACCAGCCAACCCUGCAGAGGCCUUGGUUUCCCCGGGUGGGUGCGCAGAGAAACCUAGUGACCGUUCUCCCCCUGUGAAAGAGAGAGUCCAAGGAGAAUCUGUUCACGAGAAACCACAAACUGCUGUUAGUCAAAAGCCAGAAGACGAGAGAAAGCACGCCGCAUCAAAGGAGGCGCUAGUGAAAGAGACUGUCAGUACCUCAGUUUCGGCCCCGAGUAAACCAAAGAGCCCCGAGGCAGGGGAAGUGGUAGCAAACGUGAAGAGUCCAGCGACGACUCCAGAGGCACCAGGAAAGAAGCCUCCUGUAAAUGAGGAAAUGGAAAUCAGCGUGGAAGCCCCUAAGAGGAAGUUGGAGAGUCGCGAGGAAGCUCUAACCACUCCUGAGAAAAAGCCACGGAUGGUGGAGAACUGUCAGCACCACCAGGCAUUUCGGGCCCAGCCGCAGUCCUUUCCCGCCGCGGGGACCCCGGUGCCGCGGGUACCCCCACUCAAGAUUCCUGUUUCCAGAAUCUCCCCGAUGCCAUUUCCUGCGGGCCAGGUCUCUCCCAGGGCACGUUUCCCACUCUCGCUCACCAGUCCGGGAAGAACCGGGGCCAGAACUUUGGCAGACAUCAAGGCAAAAGCCCAGCAGGCCAAGGCUCAGAGGGCAGCCGCCGCCGCCGCAGCCGCUGCCGCUGCCGCCUCGGCGGGGGGGGCCGUCCCCGGGCCGGGCCCAGGCGGUGGCGGGGGCCCGCCGGGCGGGGGAGGAGAGAAGGGUAACGCAGCAACAGGCGGAACCAACGAAACUGGAAUUCGAGGGAACGCACUGGAACUGGCAGGAACUGGAAGCGGGGGAAGUUCGAGAAGGUUCCUUCCCCAUUGCCCAGGGGCCCAUACCCAAAUGGAGACCCAGGCCGCGGACCAGGCCCCACCUCACAGUCCUUCUAGAGCACAACUACAGCAAACUUCCACGCUGCCGUCCAGAACUGCAGCCAGCAGUACAGGCACCAGCUCCUCCUCCUCCUCCUCCUCCUCCGCGCUAUCGGCAUUAGAGAAAACCAACAGAAUAAAACAGAGCCCCCCGGGUGUGACGGUCGGUCAGGCCGCCGGCCCCCCACAUGCUGGUAGCAGUGACAAACAAGAGAAAGCACCUUCUGCUCCGGCAGGUCCAAGCCAGGCCUGCGGGGCACCAGCCGUCAGGGAUGGAACAGUCUGUGUCACGGUGUCGGCAGCAGAUACCAACACAAACGUAACUAAGGUAGCACCUACGGCCUUAGGUGGGACCAGCUUAGAUGUUCCUAAAGGCAAAUCUCCUUCCCCUCUGACGCCCUCGCUAACGUCCUCGCGCUCGGAAGCCCAGGCUGGAGGUGUGGUCCCAUCUGCUACGUCUGUCCCCCCCUCCCACGCUUCGUCAGUCGCGCCUAGCCUUAAAACUCACGCAAGUUUGAGCUCAAGUGGGGCUCUCCCAAAACCAAGCUCCAGUAUUCCUGCUAACAACCCUCUGGUCACUCAGCUUCUUCAAGGCAAGAGCGUCCCUCUGGAGCAAAUCCUGCCGAAGCCUCUCACCAAAGCGGAGAUGAAAACGGUCCCGUUAGCUUCUCAUGAAGAAAAAGGGGCAGCAGCGGCGCCCAGCGCUACAAGCGUAGCGGGGAACGGCACUGGGGCCGAGGGUGCCGAAAGACAAUCGGGUUUACCCACACAACAGCUUGGGAAGAUCUUUUCCCAGAACAGGCCUCUGCCUCACAUUCCAAGGACCUUUCCGCUCCCCUCGGGAAAGGACCCCGGUCUUGACCAGCACCAGUGCCACGAGGCGCUCAGCAAAACAACCCAGGAGCAGAUCCUUCAGACCCUCAUCAAGAGGGUCCAGAGGCAGAAUUUGUUGCCAGUCCUUCAGCCUUCACAACUGAACCUCACUCACUCAGGUUUCCAGUUAGAAAACAGCUCCACCAGCCAGAGAUUUAUGCUGGGUUUCACGGGCAGAAGGACAUCCAAGCCUGCUAUGUCUGGUCAUUAUCUGCUCAACAUUUCCACCUACGGUCGUGGUUCAGAGAGCUUGAGGAGAGGCUUCUCCCUGAACCCUGAAAACCGCUUGUGUCUGAACAGUCCUGCUGACGCUCCCAAAACAGAGUUUGGGGAAUGUGAGGAGGUAGCCGGCCACGGCAGCAGCAGCGAUGAAGGAGAUGUGGAUGACGAGAGUACUGGCGACGAACGGGAACGUGUCAGCGUAAAAGAGGAGCCCCAGGCUGCCCAGGUUCCUGCUCAGUGUGAGAAAGAACGGGUGUCACACGGCGCAAAUUCUUCGGAUUACAGCACCCUUGCUAAAAAGGCCGUGCAGACGGAAGCAGCCGCGUCUCAGCAAGCGGCAGGCAGCAAGGAGAGCGUUCAGGCAUUUGACGGCACUACGCUAGCGCGAGAUUUCAUUCAAGCCGCUCAAGAGCAAAUGGCACACGCAAUGAGGGGGAAAAUGCACAGCGGUCCGGAGCUCUUCAGUACUUCCGUACCGUCCUUGGACUCUGCGCAGCAGCAGCCUCCGCUGCUUUCUCCUUCGCACGCUCCAAAGCUGUCUGGAAACACCGCAGCGCAGCUCCUUGGGCCCAGUUACAGCGGGACGAUAAACGUCUCCACCUCCCCGGACGUGAACCAAGGGUCCCUUAUGAGCGGGCUCUCUGAAUGCAACCAGUUGUCCAGCAGCAUGGGGAACGUCAUGUCCUUUUCUGUGACGGUAACCACCAUUCCCACCAGCCAGGCCAUGAGCGCUGGCACCCACGCUCAGACCAUCCCCGUUCAAGCCUUCGCUGAAGACAACAGCAUGGAGGAUUCCCCUUCCAAAUGUUACUGCAGGUUGAAAGCCAUGAUCAUGUGCAAGGGCUGCGGCGCCUUCUGCCAUGAUGAUUGCAUUGGCCCCUCUAAGCUCUGUGUCUCCUGCCUCGUCGUGCGGUAACCGGGAGGGGAAGCGGGGAAGAGGAUGGCUCGGGUUCGGUUUAGCUUUCGGAAGUAUGUUGGGAAGAAACAGGAAAUUUACUGCCUUGCACAAGAGACACGUUACUGAAUCAGGAAUACAGAGUAGAGUCCUUCUUUCAUUAAAGAAAGAGCACCUUCUUGUACAGUGAGUCGAAAUUGAGCUCAACUACGUGAAUUGUGACAAGAGUUUGCACUUAAGGAAUUAUGUAAAUAUGUCACAUUAUUUUGUUUAAAAAUAUUUUUUCAAUCUUUUAGGAGAUAGUGUUUGACUUGUACUGCAGUUUCAUUAACCCCAGCCUGCUCUCCAGCAUGUUUGCUGAGCUCUGCUCUAGAUGGGGGAACGAACCCCCCGCAAAACCAUAGCCUGUUGGUCUUCUCUGGACAAAGAGAAGAACUGGAUAAUCAAGAAGCUAAGCGUUUGUACUGACUGAUCACGGAGCACCGAAGCGGGAACCCCGGAACGGGGCUCGCUUUGCUGCUCUGAAUUUUAGUUCAGUUUUUUUUUCAGAAUGGGAAGGCAUUAAUUAACGUCGUUCCGGCCUUCCAAGCAAUUGCCUUUCACUCGUGACCUGGCAGUCUCCAGAAGGCAUACUGGGUUGUGCAAUAUUGGCUGGCGUUUUUGAUUUGCAUAUCCUCUCCUCUUCAAGGAGGACUCAGUUGCAGUAACCUUGUUUUAAGGAAGGUAGUGUCUCGAUUUGCUACUGGUGAAUACAGGAAAAGGCAACUGUACUAACCAUAGGAUUCAAGAAUUUAAAUCACUAAAGCAACUCAGUAACCGUGAUUAUCGGUAAUCCCAGGAACCAUUUAAAGCAGAGGUCACAAAUAUGUGCCGAACCGCGUUUUGUUUCUGGACUGUCAGGACUCGGCAGAAACCUGCUUUUUUUUCUGAGGCUUUUUGAGUGAGCGGGAAAGCGCCAGCCCGCAGUCACGCGCCGUCGGCCGUUACGGCACACGACGCAAGCGAAGUGCACUAGGUGUCACCCUCGGUCCUGCUGUUUCCUAGGAAGCUUACUGUGCUCACUCAGACCUCCACGAUAGUCAGAUGUGUCUAAUUUCUAUAGAAGAUUUUAUAUUUAGCUAAGUGUAGGGAAAGGAGAACAAGUGUCUUGUUGGGCCUCACCAUUAGCCCGCUGUGGGUGUCUCUUUGUGUUAUAAAUACCAAAUCAGGCUUGGCUCAGCUUGGAUUUUGCUCAGUUGAGGUCCGGGGUUGUGUUGGGGCUGGGGCAGACGGGCGGGGGGGCUGGGGCAGGGGGGCUGCACCGCACCCCUCGUUCCUGACGGCAGGACGCAGCUAGCGACGCUCAUCCUCGCUGUUCGUGCAUUCAUUCAUUUCGAUUAAUCCGAAUUAAAGCAGUUACAAAAGGUACUCUGUUUUCAACAAGAGGAGUUGACGACAGGCUGGCUAGCGAAGCACGCGCCCACCCGCAUUUUGACGAAUUGCAGCACGCCCGCGUCGCAUCCAGGAUCUCUGUGUCACUCCUCUUGCGCAACGAAGAGCAUCGCGUUCACUAACCACGUCCAGUCCCAUGUUGUCGCUGUUCGGGGCGGGGGGGCCAUACUGCAUCUCGGUCAGGGAACAGAUCUAUGUAUCUUUUUGAUGGAAAAGCACUGAAUUCACUUUGAAUCCAAAGGCCUUUUUACGAUGAAGCAAUAUUAACAAAAUAGGUGGGAGGGACAGCUGGUUUGCGAGCUGGGGUCCUCAGCCUUCCUUUCUUCUCACCGUUUGGCUACACGGCUGCUUUCCCCUCUCCUCGCCUGGGAGCCCGGCUCUCGGUAAAGACCAGAAAUAAUUGCCUGUGAAGCAGUGCGUUUUUCCAAGGAGCGGGAGGUGAUUUCUUUGGUAGCGACAAAGAAAAGAGAGUCGCAGACUUAAUCACGUCAUAACAGAAGCGUUUCCUUCCCUGUCCAGCACAGCGUGGCGUCCUCCACGGCAGGAUGAGCGCGCGGGAGUUCGCGAGAGCUGCAGCGGAUCUCGGUCUCUGUUUUGCUCAUCUCACGUUUAGCGGGGAGCCGUGACCCCUGCUUUCUAAUUAUGCAUCGCUGCUCAGACAUCCAGUGGCGAAGAGGAUUUAAGUAUUAGAAAUAAAGUCCAUCUUUUUUAAUCCAAAACUGAAAUCUCAAAGAAAUUACACAAAAAAUUGCUCUCUCGUGCAUACCGCGCGCGCGUUGGCGGUGGUCGUAGCCCCAGAACCGCCCCCCGGCGUGCGGGAACCCGCUGCCGUCGGCGCAGAGGGGCAGAGCGGUGACGUGGGUGGCUUCUCCCGUUACGUCCCCCGACGCUGGACAGGGUAACCUCGUCCCUCGGCACCGCUCGGGGCAGCGCCCGGCCCUGCCUGCUCCCACCUCUUGUUCCGCAAGAGGAAUUUCUGCCGUUUUUUUAGAUCUCGGGAUGGGUUUGAAGCGGCCCCAAGCUGCGUCCGCUGGGGAGCCGGGUGCUGAGAGCAGGGUCUGUCUGCUCCGUGUUAACUCGAGCCUUGCCUAGACACGGAAGAGGUUACAGCGGUGCUGUCCUCAGACACGCGUGCCCGCCUAAGACAGAUCCCCCAGUAUAAUCCCGUUUAAAGAUUGUUGCUAGUUGCAAAUUAAACUGAAAAAUUCAUUCUUGCCUCAAAUAAGAGCAAAGAGGUUUCGCUGGCAAAAUUGGAUCCGCUCCGGUCACACCGUGGCUUUGAUCGGUGUCAUUUCUCUAGGCUGACGAGGCUGCUUAAGGCGGGGAAGGAGGAGAUGAUGAGGGAGCAGCGGGCUGUGAUCGGCCGUCUUGCUCCUAGCGCUCGCGGGCUUUGCAGCCCGCUGCGCCGCUGCUGGGAAAGGCUGUGUCGUUGCUCCUCUCGGCAUUUUGUAGAACAGUCGCCGGCCCCGAGCACGGUUCCAGCUUGGUUCUCCCUUUGAAUCCGACGGGCGUCUGCUGGCGCGCGUGGGUUCGGCUUCCUGUGCCGCCCACGCCUCUUGCGAGCCUCCUUCGGGAACGCGAGAAGCUGCCGCUGCCGAGCGGCCCUGCAGGAAGCACGCCUGCCCGGCCGUCGCGAGGCGAGCCGAGCCGAGGCCGACCGGGUUGGGGUGCUCGGUGAGCGGGAGGAUCCCCGUGGCUCCAGGCGCGCGUCGGGAUGCGUAGGCGUCUCCCGUGGUGCCUUGGAAGUUUACAACUCUGUUCAGUGCCUUAGUUGUAUUUUAACAGAUCAGCACUUUUCUUGGGCUACUUUUAUUCUAUUUCUUUUUAAGAAAUCAAAUUCUUUUAACUGCAUGUCUUUGAUUUUAACAUACGCUACGAGCUACUAGGUGCAACUUGAUGGAACAAUCUCCACAGGUUUGCAAGAGGGCAUUAAGUAGUUAGGAAAUCAUUAGAAAUAAUGGGGCUCAGUUUAAUAAUCACUAUAAGUACAGGUCGACAGAAAACCUCGAAAGCUUUGCCUGUUUUACGGUGCUGGUUAUCGAAUAAUGUCUUUUAGAAGGGGGAAAUCCUGCAGCCUGUAGAGGAGCUGCGCGGGAUCAGCCUGCCGCUGCCUUACUGCUGGGGCUCCUCCCGGCAGUCCCCACUCUUCCCAUCAUCUGCCCUCCCCGCUGUCCCUCCAGCAAGACGAUAAACCUGCCUUCACACUGGAUUUACCAACAGAAGGGAUGUCGUGACGUAGUUUAAAGCUAGACUUUAGUUCCGCGGGUAUUAAAUUAGUAGCACUAUGGUAAACGCUGUCAUUAAAAAAAAAUCCGAGAUAAAAUGUUUUCAAAGCCUAAUGUCAAAAACCACGUUUGCGGCAGUAAAAGCAACUUGAGUAAGAAAAGACCCUCAGAUUUAAACUGUCCCUUUGGGGCCACAUCUGAGUCCUGCAGCACGAGAACUAGAAGCACAGACUGAUCAGCGGAGCUUGUCUCCCCAGUGCAAACGCCCCCACGUACAAGUUGUUGCAACGGAGGAGCGAAGGCGGCUCCGAGCGCGUUCGGGUUCUGAGGGAUUGGUAGCACGGGGAAGGAAUUAGGUGUGAAGUUGUCCCUUCUUAAAUCAAAAGGAAAAACCAAGAUGCUUAACAGUUAACGCUGGUCAGCGGAGUUGUAACUUUUUUACGGUAGUAAGAGAUGGCCGAUGGGCAGCAGGUUCCCGGUCAGGUCAGCAGCCAGGCGGGGUCCUCGGGGCGUUCGCACCGUGUCAGCGGCGGCAAAGGCCAUCCCGGGGCCGGGCCCUGCCGGGCGGGCAGGCCGCAGGAGGGGGUGGCGUUGGGAGGCUCCAGCUUCCCUCCUGCGGGGAGGCUCGGUCUGACGGCUCGUUUAAACCGGUGGAAGGUGGGGGGCCACCGACCCGCGAGCACCGGCCCAGCCCGGGCGUCCUCCGGAGGCGGUCAGUCUUCAGCGCCGCGCAGCCACGCGGACGUGCCGUGCCGGUGGCGGGAGAGGCGGUAGGAGCGCGCGGCCGGUGGCGGGGCUGGGGCAGAGCGUGCUUGAGUGUCUGAAAGCACCGUGGCUUGGAGAAAAGCGGGCUGGGGUCUUUUCCCCAGAAAGGCCGGCAGUUUUCUUCAUUGGAACCGUCUCCCGUAGUUUUCCGCGUUGGAGCUGCCUCACCAGGAGCGCUUGAAGCGCUGGGGGAACUUCUUGACUUGGCAGUUUUACUUAGGCUCAGUCUCUUGAAAGCCGGCCCUGGCCCUGAGCGCCUGGCUUCGCCCCCGCUGGCUCUGCUGCUUUCGGGCACAGCGGGGGAGGCUGCUCCGCUCUCCCCGGCCAGGGCCGACCAGGCUGGCGCUGCUCUGAGCUUCCAGGCUCCCACGUCACAAAAUCCCACGUGGGUGCAGCGGCGGAAGGAGGGACGGGACGGCACGUGCGCCCAAACCGCCUCCCGGCGUUGCGGGGCUCAGCGGCCGCGGGGCCGGGCCGCUGCUGCGGCUGGCGUGGGGGAGCGCCCGCCGCUAACCGGCUGCCGCGGAGGCGGCCCGGCCGGCCGCGUCCCUGCGGGCGUCGGGGCUCUUUGCCGCCCGGGGCGAAGAGCGGGAGCGUUCGCGAGGAUGAUGACAUCCAGAACUCUCUGUGUUACCUAGGUUGGGUUUUUUGUUUUUUGGUUGUUUUUUUUUUUAAUUAAUGCUAUACAUUUGAUAUAACUGAAGAUCGGUUUUAAGAGCUUACAGUAAUAUAUUUUAAGUAAUAUAUAUUUUAGUAUCUGUAAAAAAAAAAAAUUGACAAAGGAUGAUUUAUGAACUAGAUAAACAGGGUAUCGGGAGUAUGUAGUUCCUCAGCAAGGCCCAGAGCAGUUUUACUAGGAGGAGAACUGAAAAGAUUCCGUUUUUUUCCAUUAAUGCAAUAAAAAUGGGAAUUCUUAAAAAGAAGAAAUCCAAUACCGUUUACCACGUGCUUUUCUUGUCUUGGCGACAGGCCUGUAACCACAGCUUAGGAGAUACGGAACCUUUGUCUGUCUUUUGCCUUUCUAAAAGGGACUUAAAUUGGAAUAGAGAGUAUGUACAGAAAAAUCGAGUCAACACCAUUUUAAAAUGUAUUUUUACACAAAUGAUAUAGAAGAAUCGUAUUUUACAUAAGAAUUUUAAGUAUUUGAAAUAUGUAUAUAUACACUGUAUGUACUUCAUAUAUUCUUUAUUUUACAUUUUCAAUGUAUUAAAAAGCAUUUGAGCUGGUUGGAUUUGAGCAUGUACUGGUGUUUAGGAACAAAGGAAAAGGACAGAGGGAGAGGGCGCGAGCGCCGCGCCACGGCAUAGCUGCGGCGAGCAGCUGCAGGGUAGCGGAGGAGCCAGAGGUUCAGGAGCAAAUGACUUCCCGAAGAGUUCGGCGGUUUCAGGUAGCGCGUACUGACCGUUUUCAGUCCUGUGUCCUGUUUGUGUUUCCGUUAAGAUUCGUCCCUUGCGCCUCGUACCCACCCGGAAUAAUCUAUGGUGGGAGGACAAGACGGUGAGGUGGAUCUUUUAUACACGCAAUGCUGCCUUUAUAGCCAAAGAGACAGACUGGGACAGAAGCUACUCAACCAAAACCAAACCAGAAGCUACUCAGUUUUGCUGUGCCACUGAAAUUUUCAUAAAUAGCUGGAUUUCUCGUGUGAGCAUCUUACGGCGCUCUUGGGAAUGCAAACAAUACACCAAAAGUCCAGUGAUUUCAAGGAAACACUAUCAAAGCAGAGUUUGGUUUGUUUUUUUUUUACUUUGCAGGAAUUUUGGCGAAAGCCGCACCAUAGAGGAUGAUACAUCUUUGCAGCUACUAGAAACGGAGCGAGUGCUUAUGAGGAACGGGAUCCUAGAGGUGCCCUGCUUGAGCCGCCACUAUCUGAUAGGCGCAGGCAGCACCGGGCGGCCGCAGGGCGGGCCGGGCUCCGAAGGGGUGCAGGUGGGGAGGCAGCGGCGCUUUCAGGUGAAGCUGAGACACCCCGGCCUCCUGGCGCGGCGUCGCGGAACUAUAUUAGAGCAAACAACAAGUAACGGCUCCUUCUGUACAUCCCCGUUUCUGAAAGCCGAGGAGAUGGGCCGCCCUGCCAUUGCUGGCCCCGGUUGUGCGCCCAGAGCGCGCAGGGAGGCGAAGGGGCCCCCGGGGCGGGCGGCACGGUGCGGCCCCUUCUCUGUGAUGCCCCCUUUGGCUCGGACGAGUCUCAGAUGACAUUUACGCUAUUCCACUUCCUCCAGCAAGCGAUUGCAGGAAUCCUGUCUGUAAAUUGGAGGUGUUUACAGCGGCUCUCUGUUGCUGGGACUUACAGGGAAGGAAACUGAAUGUGGGGAAAGAAGACGCAUUAAUGAGUCACGGUCUAAAAGUACAAAUCCGAACCGUGAAAAGGCAGGCCACUGGUAUUUUUAUACUGCUACAAUUGUUAUAGGAAUCUCUUGAGAAAAAACAGACCGUGGCACCCGAUACUUGGUCAAAACUUGCCGCCGGCCCGCGGAGCGGGGCUUUCGCUCUAUAAACAGUUGCACUAUGAGAAAGCCCGCGGCCUGGGGGCGCGUAUGCGUGGGGGCGGGGGCGGCGCAGCUGCGUGUGCGCGUGCGCGCACCGACGCACGGCUGGCGCUUGGGUAGGAAGUGUACAUAGCAAGACCAGCUUCACCUCGGUCUUCUGGUGGCGUUUCACCUUGCAAAGUCACCACAGGCCUGAGAAUUAACAGCUUUUGUAUUUGUUUUCGUAUUUAAGGUAUAUGGGUUAGACAAAAUAUAUAAUAGCAACGUGUUUUGAUCUGCUGCACUUUUUUAAAAUGAAAAAACAUUCCUUAUUCCCCUGGUACUGCUGCAUCUCCCAUUCCUUCCCGUCCCGACUUAAAACGUAAAACCGACUGUCUCCCGUACCUUUCAGUUAAGACUUCUCGGAUGCUGCGUUAUAGAUUUUGUAUUGGAAGAGCCGGGCCGGGCUGUAACACGUGGAGGCCGGGGUGUGACGUGUGGAGGCUGGGGUGUGACGUGUGGAGGCCAGGGCUGUAACACGUGGAGGCCAGGCUGUAACAUGCGGAGGCCGGGGUGUGACGUGUGGAGGCCGGGGUGUGACACGUGGAGGCUGGGGUGUAACGUGUGGAGGCCGGGGCUGUAACGUGCGGAGGCCGGGCUGUAACAUGCGGAGGCUGGGGCUGUAACGCGUGGAGGCCGGGGCUGUAACGUGCGGAGGCCGGGCCUGCAGGCUCCCCGCAGCCCAGAGGCCAGGAGCGUGGCCCCGCAGGCACGGCGGGCCUGGAAACACGUAAGUACCACACAGCUACGGCAGCUUGCCGCGGGACUGUUUCCCGACUGACGCGACUUGAACUGUCCCGUCUGUGCGGGUGCUCUUAGCCCACCUGCAGCUGGGCGGGCCAGGCGUGGCCCCGAGCCUCAGGGGCAGAGCGUUCAGUCGGGUUUUUCGCGCUCUGGCGUCUAGAGGCGUGCCAAGGGCACCCCCACAGAGAGCCGCCUUCGCUGGAUUCGCAGCACCUUCCGUUGCCGCAAAUCUUCUGCGCGACUGUAAGCCCAAACCCUAUCGCAGCCCGUUCGCAAAGUCACACUGAAAUAAGAACCGUGGCGAGGUUUGUAAGGGGAAAACAAUAAUUAAAAAAAGAAGCAAUUGUAGUUCAGUAACGUAACUUUUAGGCAUUUAAGAAAACCUCACGGGCCGGUUCGAGCAAAGGCGCAAUACAGCAGGGACGAACGCGGUCCGCCGUGCUGCAGCUAUGCAUUUUGGCAAAGGGCGAUUUGUCAACGAGUUUUUCCACUCAUUUUGCUGUAUAAGAUUCCACCUUAGCUUCUCACCAGCAUUACGAGGGAUCUGAGGAGCGCUAAAACCAGCCCGUUCCUAACCUGUCACUUGAAGAUCUGUGUGCCCUUAGGAGAUAGCACUUUGACAAGCAAAAGCCUGCCCUGUGGCUUCCGUCUUAUUGCGGAUUCUGUUCCUCUUCCUCUCACUUAUUUUUGUCAUGUAAAACUACCUGCUUUAUAAAUGAAUGUAAAAUACAGUAGUUCUUCAGCACAUGGACAAAUGUGUAUUUUCUCCUAAUGUUUCAUUUUAUGUUAAAUAAAAAGCAUAUGAUUUUA